GUAUGUCAAUAAAGUCAUCAUCUUCGAUCAUUCUCCCCCUCUCCCAUUUGGCUUCCUCUCUCUCUCUCUCUCCGAAACCCUAGAAAUUCACCCUCCGGUUAACAGAAGAAAAAAAAAAGAACACCUAAAUUUUCUCAAAAGCCCCUCCUUUUCCCGAGAAAAUCCUUUUCAAUUUAACGGAGAAGAAAAUAAAACCCAAUUUCGUAAGGAAACUUAGAAUUGGGGGGGCAUAUGGGGAGGGUUCUACGGGAAACAUCGAAGCCAUCCUCGUCGUCGGCCUCCUCCGUCAGCGCCACCACGACCUCGACGUCGGUGACGGAGACGGUGAACGGGUCUCACCAGUUCAAGAUCACGGGGUAUUCGCUGUCUAAAGGCUUGGGGAUCGGCAAAUACAUAGCUUCUGACACUUUCAUGGUGGGUGGAUAUUUGUGGGCGAUCUAUUUUUAUCCCGAUGGGAAGAGCCCCGAAGAUAAUGCCGCCUACGUUUCGUUGUUCAUCGCUUUGGCGAGCGAGGGGACCGAUGUUAGGGCGCUUUUUGAGCUCACACUUUUGGAUCAGAGCGGGAAAGAGAGGCAUAAGGUGCAUAGCCAUUUUGGGAGGACGCUUGAGAGUGGGCCGUAUACGCUUAAGUAUCGCGGCAGCAUGUGGGGAUAUAAACGAUUUUUCAAAAGAACUCUACUGGAGCAAUCAGACUACCUCAAAGACAAUUGCCUCUCUGUUCACUGUAGUGUUGGUGUUGUUAAGUCACAUACAGAGGGUCCUAAGGUCUACUCCAUAGCUGUUCCACCUUCGAACAUCGGUCAUCAUUUUGGGCAACUACUAGAAAGUGGAAAGGGAACUGAUGUAAGCUUUGAAGUUGAUGGGGAAGUCUUUCCUGCCCACAAGUUGGUACUUGCUGCUCGUUCACCUGUGUUUAGGGCACAACUUUUUGGUCCAAUGAAGGAUCAGAAUACACGGAAAAUAAAAGUUGAAGACAUGGAAGCUCCAGUUUUUAAGGCUUUACUUCACUUUAUAUACUGGGAUUGUCUACCUGACAUGCAAGAACUCACUGGUCUCAAUUCAAAGUGGGCGUCGACAUUGAUGUCUCAGCAUCUGCUUGCAGCUGCAGAUAGGUAUGGCCUAGAUAGGCUGCGAUUGCUCUGUGAGGCCAAUCUUUGUGAGGAUGUUGCAAUCAACACUGUGGCAACUACAUUAGCCUUGGCUGAGCAGCACCAUUGUUUCCAGCUGAAAGCUGUGUGUCUCAAGUUUGUUGCGAUGCCAGAAAAUCUAAGAGCUGUAAUGCAAACUGAUGGAUUUGAGUACUUGAAGGAAAGUUGCCCGUCUGUCUUGACUGAGCUUUUGGAGUAUGUGGCUAGAGUGAAUGAGCAUUCAGUGAUUGUAUGCAGACAUGGGAAUGAGGCCAUCCUUGAUGGAAGUGAUGCCAAUGGUAGGCGGGUGAAGCAACGGCUAUAGUAGCAGCAGCUUGCCAUAGUUUCCUUCGUAGGUUAAAAAAAAAAAUGAAGAAAAAAAAAUGAAUGAAGAAAAGGAAAAUAUAUUUCUCUAGGAAUAGGAAAAAAUUUUCCAGUGCUAAGCUUUGGUAUUUGUAAGAGAUGUAAAUGUAGUUGUUCAUUUGGUGUCCAUUGUUUGCGUUGUAUUGGGAAUGAGAAGUGUUUCCAAAAUUGUAGUUUUUCCAUAACUUGCCCUUUCAGAUUUGUAGUAGUUGGUAUCACUCUGAUUACUGAUUUGUGUGUGGAGGAUUGAUUGACGUCCUAGCAGCUAAUGUUACAGACGGCAAGUGUUUACUAAUGUCCAUUCACUUUUACAAAUAUUAUUUCAUUA